GUGCGGUGUUUGACUAAGAGAGGAGCGCGUCUGAUUUUGAGACCAGCCCGUGUGAUUGCAGCCCGCUCUCUAGCGUUGCAGUAGCCCUGGUCUUUCCUUUCCGGACUAUAUAACACCUUAGAUGGGCUCAAUGAGGGCGUACACGGUGCUGAUGUGGUUGCUGAUACUUCUGGUGACGGUUGCUACGGGAAAUGUCCCAGUCUAUAUGAGGGACAAACCCAGGUCGAUACGGGGCUUCAAGAACCACGCACUGUCCACGGCUCGCGGUUUCGGCAAGAGAGCAGACUCCGAGAUGAUCAGUCCUGACAUGCAACCUACUAAUGAGGCCAACAGUUUCCCAGCAGAUUGGUUUGCAGAUGAACUACAAAAUAACGGAGAGCUGGCACGACUAAUAGUUCACAAGUUCAUAGAUUCGAAUCAGGACGGAGAGCUGUCUGCAGAUGAACUGUUAAGGCCAUUGUUUGAAAAACCACAAGCUAUCCCAUAUAAGUAAACCCACGACUAAAGCCUGGAGACACUGGAAGGCUUCGAACAACUACAAGUUAUCUUUUAUUAGAUUUAGAUUUUUAUUGUUCCAAUAUGUUACUUGGACAAAUUUAUCACGGAAAGUAUGAAAAAAAAACAUAACGUAAGGAGAGGUAUAGACAUAAACUAGUUAAUUUGUUGUAUAAAUAUGACCCUUGCACUAACACUUUGGUUUGAAGCGACUUUUUUUAAUUUGUUUGGUUAGGUUAUCUUUAAUGGUUAUAUUAAAUGGAAGGAUAGCCAUAUUCUUAUAUUAUUUUCUUACCUAUAGUUCAACCAUUUUAUGCUGUGUAUACGGUAAACCAUGUCUAACAGCCACAUCAGUUGCUUAGUUGCAGGUUUGUGCUGCACAAGUAUAUGCAAUAUAGAGUAUUUGUAAAGUAACGUCUUAACAAAGAGCGUUACUUCAAUUUGAUUCUAAUACAAAAAAUCCUCUAGAGCAUACACCUUUAUUUAAAACAUUGCAUUUUACCAAUAAAUAGAAUAGUAUAUUUCAUUACUAGGACCGAAAGUGGCAUUUUCCGGAGCGCGCUCAAGUUUUUGUGUGAGGCGAAGCCGAACACAGGAAAAUCCAAUUUCACAUGCGAGGCGAAGCCGAGUAUGUGAGAGCUAUUUUCACGUACGAGGCGAAGCCGAGGACGGGAAUAAUGGAGCAAGAGCCGGAAAAUAACUUUCGGUACGAGUUAUGAACGAUACUUUUCAUCACGACGCAAAAAUACACAAACACAGAAUAACAGACCUCAGUAAUAUUACAACUAGUUUAUUUCUAAAUUAUUUAUUUUAAACAUCAAAAUAAAAUCUUCUAAAAGGAAACCUUUGUAUAUUUCUCGAUUAAUCUUUUUUUAAACAUAAAAAAAAUCCAAAGGGAACCUACUUAACAAUCAAAAAAUUAGAAGUUUAUGGUUAUGUUUAUUGUACAGUUUUCAUUGUUGGAGACAUUCACUCCUUCGUUUAAAAGUUUUUUCUGAAGUUCUUGAAUCGUUGAAACGUUUGUAGUGGUCGUGUUUGUUUCAUCAACUUUUCUUAUUUUUCUCUGAGGACAUUCUUCAUCUUCUGAGUUGUUAAACACAUGAUCAAUGUCAAAAAAAUCUAUUUGGCUUCCUGAAUGUGUUUUUUCUACAACAUUUCUGUUUGUAUUCUCAGCAGCUGUUGAACUCAUUGCAUGCGGAUUUUAAAACAGUUUUCUUGACAGUUGUAAUUUUCUUCCAAUGGAAUUUUCUAUGUAACUCUCUGCGACAUUAGAGGAUUUCCAACCUCCGUGUGAUUUAAGGGCAAGUAAAUCCCCUCCUCCCUCAACUAGCAUGGUGGCUGAGGUACGCCUGAGGGCGUGUCCAGUAUAGCGCUCCGGUUCGUCUAAUUUAAGGUAUUCUGCUACCUUUUUUGGGAUUGAACUGAUUGUGUGACCCCCUACAUUUUGUCCCACGCAUUUACCCUUCCUGUAACCAAUUAAAAAUCGGUUACUUUUCAUUUGUCUGGGGCGCAAUAACAAAUAUUUGCGAAUCAAAUCACAUGGUCUAUAUGGACAGUUGUCAUUGGUUAUGGUAAAACUGCGUUUAAUGUGUGUUUUGCCAUCGUUGAGAAACACGACAAAAAAACUGCCAUUGUCUGUAAUAUCUUCUACUUUUAAAUUUAUAAGAUCGUGGUUUCGACAAGCUCCAUAAAUACCCAGAGUUAGGAUGACCUUGCUCAAUAACCAUUCAUUGUCAGGAGCGUUAACCAUGAAUCUUUGAAUUUCGUCUUCAGUAAAAACCUUAGCUUUUGUAGGUUGAUAACCCACUGAUUGACGUUUAAGAAAUGCUAGAGAUUUGUUAAAUUUUGAUACAUCCACAUUUUCUUUUAAUUUCAAACCACUCUUUAUCAUAGAAAAUUUACUCCACAACGUUGUUGGUUUCAUGCUUUUAGAUUUCUCAGAUAAAUAUACUAAUAAAACUUCGUCACUUACAUUCUUUGGUAAAACAUUGUGUCCUUGGCACCAGUCCAUAAACUUCCUGAACUCCUCAUUAUACCUCUCUCUCGAUUUCUCUGGAAGGAGGUUUUUGGUUAUCUCUAAAGCUUUCUUCGAUAAAUCGUCCGAAAUAAUAGACAUAUUUUGGCCGCUUUUAAAUACGCACUAAGCUAAAAACACAGCAAAACAAGCUUAUGCCUGUUUAUGUUUACAUUUAGAUUGUCAAACAAUAAAAACAGCUGAUUCAAAUCAUUAAAUUAAACUGUAACAAAACACUAGCGCGCGUAGUGAAUAAAUGGAGAACUAAUUGAGAGCGACGAAAGUAAAUUUAGAGCGAGGGAAAAACAGCUGAUCGAUUUUUCCUCGCCCUAAAUUAGAGCUUGGGAAACGGCUACUUUCAUUGAUGUCAGCUGUUAUCGAAAAUAGUUACUUUCGUUACGGAGUGAUGAAAAAGAAUUAUUAACAAAUUAUCUAGCUUUUUAAAAUAUUACCAAAGUCAAAUGGUAUCCAGAAUAUUUCAAACCUCAAUUUUACAAGCAUAUAGCAUUUUUGGAGCCAAAUUCCUUGAAAACACAUUUGUUAUGUUUAUUUAGCUGUUUUAGUAGUAAAAUUGGGGUUCCAGUUAGCCAAUGUUAACUACUGUUGAAUUGGUCUUGUAUUAAAAGUUAUUAUUUUAUAAAUCAAUCGAAAGAACGCUAGUUGUUCAACCACAAGGAAUAAUUCUUUGGAGAAACAUUAAUUUUAAACUUAUUGUUAAUACAAAUAGUAAUAGUAGUAUUUUAUUAUAAAAUAAUUGCUUUUCUUAUCAAAAACCCUUACCUCUCUUAUAGGCUUAAUGAUUUCUUAUCUAACUUAAAUUGUAUGAACAAACAAUGAACAUAUUUGAUCAUCUUAUAGUGUUGUAGUGUUUUGAAACAUUGUUUGUACACCACAGUUUAGUGACUGAAGCUGUCUCCAGGCAACAGAACCCCAUUUUUGGGUCGCGGGUUUUGAGCGACUCUCCUUUGAGCCCACCGACUUGGGUCGUUCAAAACCCCUCGACUCCUGUAAAUAGUCUCUAUGUUUUAUUUUACUAUCAAUGUUGAGGUCAAAAGAUGUUUACAUAGUCUAUGUAAAUGGAGUAAUUGUUUACAAAUAAAAUUCCAUUUUACCGUUACCAAG